UCUGUGGUGCAACGUGCUGUCGCACAGUUAAUGUCAGAUUUAAUAUUGGUCGCGUGGGAUUUAUCAAAUAAAAACCGUCAUGGCUUCAGUGGAGAUGAUACUGCUGUCACUGGUAACAGACAAAGAAAUACUGGUGUGGAUGAAUGGAUUUUAGGUAGCUUGUGUAGCUAGCUAUUUGUAUUGCAUUCAGUAGCAAACGAUUAGCAGCAUAGCAGCUGUCCUGUCUAUGAGAGAUUAGUUCGUAGACAUUUUAAGUUGCUUUAAGAGAGCGCACAGUGUGCAUAUGCCCGUGUUAGUUAUAUUAAAUAGAUGUAUUCCUGUGAGUGUAUGAACCAAAUUUGCGAACCUGAUUAAUACAACUUGGAAAACGCAUUGUAUUCUUUCCGAGUCUUCACUGAUGGGGCCGGUAAUUGGACACACUGUCUCUUUGAUUAAACUGAAAAACCGUACUGCAAAGGAACUAUGUUUUAAAAUACCGCCAUGAGCCGAAUUUAGUUAGCAUAAAGGGAAAUAGUGAAAUUUCAAUUUCCAGACGACCUCAAAUUGUAAAAUGGAUUAUAGACGAAAAAGGAAAUUGACAUUUUUCACAAUCGGAUUAAUCUUCCUUUUAAGUGGCAUCGAAUAUGCUGUGAUCCUCCCCACGAUAUGGAGAUACCUACAGACACUGGGGGCAGCGCCCUACUUCCUGGGUCUGGGCCUGUCUGCGUUCAGCCUGAGUGGACUGCUGUCGGGCCCCCUCUUUGGUCACUGGUCUGAUCGGACUCGCACCACCAAGAACAUCAUCCUGUUUGCCAACCUCUUUGAGAUUGUGGGAAACUUCAUGUAUUUUAUGGGGUAUUCCAAGUGGCUGUUGCUAUCCAGUCGGCUGGUGGCGGGUAUUGGGACAGGUGCUGGCUCCUCCAUUUUUGGAUUCCUUACACGGAGCACCGCUCCAGAGGACCGUGCCACGGUCUUUGCAGCUGUCAUGGCAUGCCGGCAGGCUGGGCUGCUGAUCGGUCCAGCUUUCAACAUCUUCCUGAGGCUGUGCGAUUUCCAGCUGGGUCCUUUUGUUGUGAAUAAAUACACUGCUCCGGGGCUCUUCAUGUGUCUGCUGUGGAUCCUGCUCCAGCUGCCAGUGAUGUUCAUGUAUUGGGAUAUCCCGCCUCAAGACACCAGGGACCAGGAUGGGGAGGUAAGGGAGGUGGAUACAGACGGAGAGGAAGAGGGAGAGAUUGAGGAAGCGAAGCCCCUGGUGAGCCCCAAGGAGACUCCUGGGUCCUAUGGUGCCGUUUCUCCCAGCCAGUUGAACCCCGCCAUCUCCAACGGCAACCUGCCCCACUUCACUCCGCCACCCUCGCCCCCACCGCAGUCAGUGACCUCAAAUCCCUUCAAGAACUUCAGUGUCACGAGAGAGUUCCUGAAGGAGGAAGUGGUGGUUCUGCUCACGGCCCAAUUCAUCACGCUCUUCAAUCAGACCGCUUUGGAGACCAUGGUGACCCCUCUGACCCAGAAGUACUUCAACUUUGGGGAGCUGGAGAACAGCAUAAUGUACUGUAUCUGUGGGGUGGAGGUGAUCGCUGGGUUCUUCUUUGUGCGCUGGCUCAGUGGCCGUGUUGCAGAGCGCGUGGUCCUGGCUGUGGGACUGAUCAUCUGCAACAUCUCCUGUAUCUGGUGCCUCAUCUUCCUGGCUAACCCCCAGGGUGGGUUUUCCUGGCAGUUGGCAGAGUUCAUAAUCGGUGUAUUCCUGCAGGUUCUGGGGCUUCCAUUUGUUGCGGUUGCCCAGGUUUCCCUCUUUUCUAAAGUAACAGCAGAGAAGACGCAAGGGUUCAGUCAAGGGGUCCGUCGCUCGGUUGGGGGGCUAGCCACCAUCCUGGGACCUCUCUGGGCUGGAGGCCUGACGGACAACCUCUAUGUUAUGCUGGGGGUGAUGGUUGCCCUGCUGGCUCUGCUUACUAUAAUGAUGGUCUUUUCAUACGACCGGCUCCUUGAGCCCCGCGUGGUGCAGCAUGCUGACAGCUCAGAGGAGUGUGGAGAGAGCUAAGUGCCCUCACAGAUCAGAGCUAAGGUGUGUGAAGCCCCUGCCCUUCAUCCCACACGAGCUCUCCGUUUCCUCUUUGCCCCUUGUGCACUGGGUGUAGGAGUGAUUGCAGGGGUCUAGAAGGAGUAGCAAGUGGGAAAAUAAUGUUGAAGUGGUACACAGAUUCUCUGCCCAUGUCCAAUGCGUCUUCUGCUCAGCUGGCCAAAACAUAUCAACCACCUGCAACGCUACAUGAUGAAUGUAACUGUCCUGUUAUAUUUCCUGUGGAAACUCUAAUGUUAAAAACCAAAAAGGUAAUGAUAGAAUGUGGUGUGCUGCAUGGCACACGGAAAGCCGUACUUCGAGAAGCACAUGCACCAUACAUGACACUCAGUCACAAAAGGUUAAACGAACAAAUAUACUGCUACUCAGUUGUACAGCUCAUUCAACUGCAUACAUGUGAGUUAGCCUUGUAAUAGCUUUUCCUGUUGCUACAGAUGUACAGUAAAGUGCAGACACUACGACCCACAGACAAUCACACAGACGCCUUGAUUGAAAAGAAUCUGAUUCACAGUAUAUUUUCUGCAACAAAAUAACUAGCUAUGCUUAAUUUUAUUUCUUUCCAAAGGAUGUAUUUUACCAUACCUGUUUUUACCACAAGUAAGACCUAUUAUCCUAA